AAAACACUUUCUCUUAUACAAUUACAACUUAUAGAAAAGUGGCGUAUUAUAGUACGCAUCUUCAAAUUCGAGUUCCAAAGUAUAAGUAACUUGAAUGCUUGUCAUAUUUCAUUGAGAACCUAUAUGCUUGUACCUAUACCCACUAGCUUUGAGCACUACUCCCUUGCUUCCGGUCCUGGGGAAAAAAUGUGAAAAGAUGCCCAAAAAAAUAUGUUUUUAAGCCCUUAGGUAGCUUACUUCAAGGCAAGGAAAUGCAUUAUCGCUUAGCAAGAAUCAACUUUAAAAAAAUCUUUUCCAAACACCCUCAAAUUUGUUUAGCAAAAAUUACUUGAAUAAGCUAAUUUCUUCCGGUUUAGGUUCUUGUUUUAGCUUUGAAUGUCUGUGGUGCCAAAUUACAUUUAAAAAUUCCACAUAUGAAGGGUGAAUCAUCAUUUUAUGAGUCACAUAAACAAAAUUAUGCAUUAAGAACUAAGACAGAUAAUAAUACUUCGUUGUGGGGUGAUUAGCUUUUUAUUUUUACUAAUCACCCCUUUGUCUGCUUUGUCUCUUUUUUAGCUUUGUUUUUCAAAGCUGUGAUUAAUACACUCUUUCGUUUUCUAUAAAAGAAACUAAUAUUUAUUAUAUUUACAGGGACUAAUAAUGUAUAUAAGUGAAAUAUAAUACUACCUCCGGUUCUCUUUAUAAGAAAUUGAAAAAAAAAUAUUCACAUAGAUUAAGAAAUGUAGUUAAAAUAGUUAAAAUGCAUUAAAUUUAUCUUGAAUUAAAAUAAACUUCCAAAAUUACCAUUUGUUAUUAGUGUUGGAGAGUGUGAAAGAGAGAGAAUCAAUUAUUCACAUUACUAGUUAAAAUUAAUAGGGGCGUCAUUGGAAAAAAAAAUCAUUAAUGUAGCAAUUCCGACUGUUUGCAACAUGCGAAUGCCUCCUUCCCACUUUCGAUCUAUGCUUUUUGUAACUUUCAUGGGUUAUUUUCAUUUGGUUCUUAUAAAAAUGACUAGGAUUUGUCUUUUCUUUAGUUCUUAUAAAUAAGAUCGGAAGUAGUAAUAGAUUAUGAGAGGUGGAAUUGUCUCAACUCUCAACUCUCAUGUCUCUCUCUCUAUUGAAUUAUAAAUUGGUGUAUUCAUAUUUUUGUAUAUUUUUGUAUUGAGUUAAAGUACGUUUAUACUUUUAUUACAAGCAACACGACACAAGACAAUAUGGAAACGACAUCGUUCUAACCGGAGUAUAAAACCGCAUUCACACGUCAUGUAACGACUUUCUGAGGCUCAUUCUUCAUCCCCAACGGAUUUUUCUCUCUUUCUCUCCCCGCCACUCUCUCCCUUCUCCAAUCUGCAUUCACACCUCCAAUUCGCAACCAUUGCUCUGCCACAACCAUGUCAUUGUCCGAUUCCGAAACCUCCUAUGGCGGUGGUGGCGCGUCCGAGUACAAGCCCUUCCGUCAAAUCAGCCGUGACCGAUUGUUAUAUGAAAUGCUUAGAUCGGCGAAAUCAGGGGAUUCGAAGGCGUGGAAGGUGCUUAUAAUGGAUAAAGUCACUGUGAAAGUUAUGUCACAUUCAUGUAAAAUGGCAGAUAUUACAGACCAAGAAGUUUCCUUGGUGGAAGACCUUUUCCGGAGAAGGCAACCAUUACCAUCUAUGGAUGCUGUUUAUUUCAUCCAGCCUUCAAAAGAGAAUGUGGUCAUGUUCUUGUCUGAUAUGUCUGGAAGGGAGCCCCUAUACAGGAAAGCCUAUGUAUUUUUCAGUUCACCAAUCCCAAAGGAACUUGUAAACCACAUCAAGUGUGAUACAAGUGUCUUACCCCGCAUAGGUGCACUGAGAGAGGUCAAGACUUUUUUUCCCCUUCUAUCUAGCAGUUAUCACCAAGUAGUCAUCACCAAAUUGUUUUUGGCUAAAUUUGCUGUUGGUUUUCUUUUGCAGAUGAAUUUGGAAUACUUUCCGAUAGAUAGCCAGGCAUUUACCACGGAUCAAGAAACAGCAAUGGAAGAACUUUAUGGCAAUACUGAGAAUACUCGCAGAUUUAAUGCUUUCAUGAAUAAUAUGGCAAUUCGAAUAGCUACAGUUUUUGCUUCUUUGAAGGAGCUACCUUAUGUGUGGCAUCGUGCCGCAAAGGAAAGUGACGAGUCUACACCAACAGCAAGUCGUGAAUUAAUUCCUACCAAGCUUGCUAGUGCAGUGUGGGACAUGGUUUCUAAAUAUAAAUCUACCAUUCCCAACUUUCCACAAAAUGAAACAUGUGACCUGCUCAUUAUUGAUAGAUCCAUAGAUCAGAUUGCUCCUGUCAUUCAUGAAUGGACCUAUGAUGCUAUGUGUCAUGAUUUGUUGGAUAUGGAUGGAAAUAAAUAUGAGAUUGAGGUUCCUAGCAAAACUGGGGGUCCACCUCAAAAAAAGGAGGUCCUUUUAGAAGACCAUGAUUCAGUGUGGCUUGAACUUCGCCAUACACAUAUAGCUGAUGCUAGUGAAAGACUGCAUGAAAAGUUCACCAACUUUGUAUCCAAGAACAAAGCAGCACAAAUCCAACAAAGUGGAAGAGAUGGUAGUGAAUUAUCUACACGAGAUUUGCAAAAAAUGGUACAAGCUUUGCCCCAAUACACUGAGCAAGUGGAAAAGAUUUCACUCCAUGUAGAGGUAGCCGGAAAGAUCAACAAAAUCAUCAGAGAUACAGAUCUUCGAGAGCUUGGACAGUUGGAGCAAGAUCUUGUUUUCGGGGAUGCUGGAGCCAAGGAGGUUAUUAUGUUUUUAAGGACAAAGCAGAAUACAACUCCAGAAUAUAAGUUGCGUUUGUUGAUGAUUUAUGCAUCUGUCUAUCCUGAAAAGUUUGAGGGUGAUAAAGCUACAAAGCUAAUGCAGUUGGCAAAACUAUCACCUGAUGACAUGAAAGUUAUCAGUAAUAUGCAACUGCUGGGGGGACCAUCAAAGAAUAAGUCAUCUGCUAGCAGUUUCUCACUGAAGUUCAGUAACCAGAAGACAAAGCAAGGAGCACGUAAAGAUCGUACUGAAGAGGAGGAGGAAACAUGGCAACUAUUUCGAUUUUAUCCCGUGAUUGAGGAGCUCAUUGAAAACCUUAAUAAAAGUGAAUUACCAAAGAAUGAAUAUUCAUGUAUAAACGAACCAAGCUCUGCUGCCCGAUCAGGGGGCUCUGUUAGAAACGUCCCACAACGAACCCAGGCAGCUCCAACUGCUGCUCCUCAUUCAAUGAGAUCUAGGCGGACAGCAAACUGGGCACGAUCUCGUGCUUCUGACGAUGGAUAUUCAAGUGACUCCACGUUGAAGAGCAUGUCUACUGAUUUCAAGAAGAUGGGAAAGCGAAUCUUUGUUUUUAUUAUUGGCGGCGCAACUCGAUCUGAGCUGCGAGUUUGCCACAAAUUGACAUCAAAACUAAAGAGGGAAGUAAUCCUAGGUACUACUUCCGUUGAUGAUCCUCCACAAUAUCUUACGAAAUUGAAGUUAUUGGGUGACAACAAUAUUGGAAUGGAUGGACUCCGGCUAUAGAUAAUUUCUUAGACUGGUAUAACUACCAGGAGGUUGGCUAAUGGCUAUCCCUUUUGUAUCAAUUAUUCACUGGUAAUUGUCUAUUUGUUUAGGCAUAGAAAGUUUAUUGCCACUUGACAAGGGAUGAACACAGGCCCCCUUUUAGUUUUGUUUUAUACAAAUUUUGUCACGUCCAUUCAUGGUAUUUCAUUUUCACAUAAUUUCAUAUCUCUCAUAUACGAAGGA